AUGGUUGUCAAGUCUGGUUUCUUUGCUGCAGCGGCCUUGGCUGCCGUAGGCGAUGCGUACUCACUGGGGAGCUUUGACUAUGACUCGCUCAGCUUGAGGGAAGUUGGCGCGCGCAAUACUGAGGACUGGCGCAUGUGGUUGUUGAAGGACGGCGAUCCGAUCUCAUUUUGGCACGAUAUUCCAACGUGGCCGGAUGAGAGCGAGAGGCAAGUCGUGAACGUGGUCAUCGAGGUCCCCCGUUGGCAAGACGCCAAGAUUGAGUUGGCCAGAGAUGAGCCACUCAACCCCAUUUACCACGAUACCAGGAAUGGUGCUCCGAGAUUUGUUGAGAGCGUCUGGCCUCACAAGUCCUACCCGUUCCUGUACGGGUCUAUCCCUCAGACGUGGGAGAGCCCCAACUUCAACCACAGCUUCACUGGAUUUGAGGGGGAUAACGACCCCGUUGAUCUUUUCGAUAUCGGCCAAGAUCCAGGGUACGUGGGCCAAGUGAAGCAAGUCAAGAUCCUCGGCGGAAUCGCCUUGGCUGAUGGUGAAGAAACGGACUGGAAGAUCAUGGGCAUCGACAUUAAGGAUCCCCUUGCGCCAUUGAUCAAUUCUUGGGAGGAUGUCGAGAAGUAUCGCCCCGGCACCGUGAAGACUUUCAGAGACUGGUGGACGUACUACAAGGUCGCUCGCGGUGACGACGUGAUUGAUAUCGUUGGCGAUUGGUAUCAGAAUGUCACCUUCAUGGAGAAUGUGCUGUUCGAGAGCCACCAGACCUGGGAGGAGUUGAUUAAGGGCGAGGUCGACUCGAACGAGAUCAACUACAACCAGACCGCCAACUCGGACGUCGAUGUCAGCUACAUCAAGAAGAGCAAGACGAGGAAGACAUUCGACGUUCCCAAGAAGGACAAGAUCAAGCCGGCUGCCGAAAAGCCCGAGGCGUACAAGGGCUGGUGGUACCUUGACAGCAACUACACCCUGCUUCAAGUUCCGGCUGUGCAGCAAUUGACGUUGAACCGCCAGGCGCCCUGA